AUGUCGGAAAAUCGUUUUGUGAACAGUACUCUUUCAGAGCUUCAAGAAGCCAAUCGCAGUCCAAUAUUUGGUUACGAAGAUUCACUCAUUCUGACAUUAGAAGAAGCUGUAGAAAAACUAAUUCCACUCGUUCCCAAUGUCUUAGCUUAUGUUAUGACAGCUAAAAAGAAAUAUUAUCGACAUUCAGAUUUGUUAUUGCGAGAUGAAUCGGCGGCAAUAUAUCUUUACACGAUGCCAUCACCUGAUUUUUAUUCUUCUCUCAACAACACACUUCGAGCUGAAAAUCGACAUGCACUUAAACCAUGGUUUGCCUAUUUAAAACUGUUCAUAACAGCUCUCAAGAAGUUACCAUCAAUUAAGUCAGUUGUUUGGAGAGGUGUUUACAGUGAUGUUAGUUCAGUCUUUGCUAACAAUAAUAUCGACAUUUGGUGGAGUGUAAAUUCAACCUCGAUGGAUCUGAAAAUUGUUCAACCAUUUCUAGGCGAACAUGGCACUUUGUUCACCAUUGAAGUUAUGCAUGGCAAAGAUAUCUCCCAAUUUUCAGCAAGUCCAGACGAGAAAGAAGUUAUUCUAAUGCCUGGAACUUAUGUGCGAGCCAAAACCGAAACAUUCAAUUUCAAAGAUUGUCUCUUCAUUGUUCACUUAGAUGAAGUAACUCCUCAAAGUAGUGAAUCACAAUCUGAGUCAAAUCAUCUAUUUCGAUGGAUAAAACAAGAAUACAAACGAAAUGGUUAUAUUGAACGUCUGAUGAACCCAGCAAAAUUCUAUCCAAUUGAAGAGUGUUACAUUAAUUUGGCCAUCGUCGAAACUAAAAAACAACAACAAAAAGAAAGACAACUUCGUGAUGCUUCUAACAAUGAUGCUAUAAUGAGAAGUUUUGAAGAAAUUUAUGGAACAAAAACUACAAUCGAUAUAAAAAAUAUUUUUGAAACAUGCAAUAAUCAAGAGAAAAAAGUGCUGGUGUUCGGACGUGCUGGAAUCGGAAAAUCUACAUUUUGUCGAUAUAUUGCUUAUCAAUGGGCGAUGGGUUCAUAUUGGACACAGUAUGAAUUAUUAGCUCUGAUUCCAUUACGUCGUUUAACAAUUAAUCGAUAUCCUCCUUUACCAAUUAGUCAGAACUAUUCUUUAAUUGAUCUUGUGAAAAAAGAGAUUUUUUCAUAUGAUCUAUCUGAAAGUGAAAACAAGCUUCUGAAAAAGCAUUUUGAUGCAAAAAAGACUCUAUGGGUUUUGGAUGGAUAUGAUGAAAUUGUACAAAAUGUGCCUUCACAGUUAGAAUGCUUAUUCGAACAAUUACUUAAAACUCCACAUCAUAUUUUAACAUCUCGUCCAUAUCAAAAUACAUUAGCCUAUCAUGCACAAAUGGAAAUCACAGGUUUUACAGACGAAAAUAUUGAGCAAUAUGUGCAGCAAUUUUUUGAUCAAAUGAAACAUGAACUCGACAAUUCUUUGAAUAAAAGUCAAAAACUAUUCAGAUUCUUAGAGACAAAUCGAUCUAUCUGGGGUGUUGCACAUAUUCCAGUGAAUCUGGAACUAAUAUGUAGUCUUUGGAGUAACGAAGAUUCUAUAGGAACAAAUGAAUUAACAAUAACAUCAUUGUAUACAAUAAUGAUAGAAUGGUUAUGUCGACGAUAUUUAUCAAUGCCAAAUAAAAAAAUUCAAAAUUUACCUAAAGACGAUGUCAAUCAACGUUGUGAAAAAGAGUUAGCAUUCUUAGAAAACCUUGCCUUUAAUGGAAUGAAGAGUAACACUAUAAUUCUACGACCAAAUCUACUGAGAAAAGCAUUAAAUGAAGAAAAAGUCUCUUUACAUGACCAUCCACAUAUACUCAAUAUGGGAAUUCUAAAAAGUUUUAAUAAACAAGGUAUCGAUACUCUAAUUCAAACGGAUAAAGAUUAUUAUUUUGUGCAUCUUAGUUUUCAAGAGUAUUUUACAGCACGAUAUCUGAUUAAAGCUCUCAAAGAGUCUUCAACUCAUCAACAAGAAAUCAAGUUUAUUCAACGAGAAAAAUACAAUCAACGUUAUGCAUUAAUGUUUACUUUUCUAUCAGGUCUUUCCAGUGAAGCUGAUGCAAACAUAUGUUUAAACAACUUUUGGGACCUUAUAUUAACACCACCGAUGGAUCUUGUUGGAAUAAGGCAUAUGCAACUUAUUAUUUCUUGCAUUGAAGAGACACCAAGCCAAUCAACUAUUCCACAACGUACUGUAUUAAUAGAAUGGAUAGCGACAUACAUUGAGUAUAACUUGUCCACAGGAAAACAAAAAAUUUGCGAUUGUCUCGCACAAUCAUUAAGAAGAGCACCAUCAAUAACAAACAGUCAAAGAAUUAUCAAUGUAGUUAUCCGUCUAUUUCAAAAUGAUGAUUUCAAUACCAGAAUCGCAGUACUCUCACUCAUUUCUGAAAUGAAUGGUUCGAAUCUACCGGGUGCACUGAUUAAAUUAGUAGCUACAGCACUAGAUGAUGAAGACACGAUGGUCAGAGACGGUGCAUGCGAAGCUCUCUGUAAUAUGGGAGAAAAAGCAGCGACAAACGAAGUGAUCACUAAACUGGUUGGUGCAUUAGAAGAUGAGAGUGAAAGUGUCAGACAGAGUGCAUAUCACGCUCUAGGGAAUAUGGGUGAAAAAGCAGCGACGAAUGAAGUGAUCAUUAGUCUAAUUAGUGCAUUAGAAGAUGAGAGUGAAAUGGUCAAAUACGUUGUACGCGAAGCUCUCUUGAAUAUCAAUGAAAAAGUAGCGACGAAUGAAGUGAUCACUAAUCUAACUAGUGCAUUAGAAGAUGACUGCGAAGGUGUCAGAUGGAAUGCAUGCCGAGCGCUUGGGAAUAUAGGUGAAAAGGCAGCGACGAAUGAAGUGAUCACUAAACUGGUUAGUACAUUAGAAGAUGAGAUUGUCUUUGUCAGAAGAAGUGCAUGCGAAGCUCUCGGGAAUAUAGGUGAAAAAGCAGCGACAAAUGAAGUUAUCACUAGCCUGCUUAGUGCAUUAGAAGAUGAGGAUACAUGGGUCAGACUCGAUGCAUGUGAUGCUCUCGCAAAUAUAGGUGAAAAAGCAGCGACGAACGAAGUGAUCACUAAACUGGUUAGUGCAUUAGAAGAUAACAGUCUCAGUGUCAGAUCAAGCGCAUCUGGAGCCCUCGGCACUCUAGGUAAAAAAGAAGUGACGAACGAAGUGAUCACUAAACUGAUUAGUGCAUUAGAAGAUAAGAGUGAAAGUGUCAGACGAGGUGUAUGCGGUGCUCUCGGGAAAAUGGGUAAAAAAGCAGCGACAAAUGAAGUGAACACUAAAAUGAUUAUUAUAUUAGAAGAUACGAGUGAAUUGAUCAGAUCAAGUGCAUGCGAAGCUCUCGGGGAUAUAGGUGAAAAAGCAGCGACGAAUGAAGUGAUCACUAAAAUGGUUAUUACAUUGAAAGAUAAGAGUGAGUCGGUUAGAUCAAGUGCAUGCCGAGCUCUCGGGAAUAUAGGUGAAAAAGCAGCGACAAACGAAGUGAUCACUAAUCUAACUAGUACAUUAGAGGAUGACUAUGAAGGUGUCAGAUGGAAUGCAUGCCGAGCUCUCGGGAAUAUAGGUGAAAAGGCAGCGACAAAUGAACUAAUCACUAAGCUGAUCAAUACAUUAGACGAUGAGAGUGAGAGUGUCAGACGAGGUGCAUGCCAAGCUCUCAGGAAUAUAGGUGAAAAAGCAGUGACGAACGAAGUGAUUACUAAAAUAGUUAGUGCAUUGGCACAUGAGAAUUACAGAACCAGAGACUAUGUAUGUGCAGCUCUCGCAAAUAUAGGUGAAAAAGUAGCGACGAGCGAAAUGAUUACUAAAAUGGUUAGUGCAUUAGAAGAUAAGGAGUAUGGGGUCAGAAUGAAUGCAUGCCUAUAUCUUAGGGAUAUGGGUGAAAAAGCAGCGACGAAUGAAGUGAUCACUAAGCUUAUGAAUAUACAUGGUGCUAUGGACCACUUGUCUUUUGAAGCUGCAGAUGCUAUAAAUGCUAUUUUUCGUUCAUCAACUGUGUUGAUUGGUUUUGGUCCAAUGUUAAUUUCAAAACUUUGUGUCUGUGGAAGACAAUUACAGUGCUUGAAAAAUAUCUCGCUGGAUAAAUUAGUCACAAAAUUUUUCGAUACUCAAGAUGCUGAUUGGUUGUUGGUCGCGAUUGAGAUAGCACUCAUAAAAGGUGCCGCCGUGUCGAUCAAUGAAGAUAAAUUGUCGGUGUAUGAUGAUGGAGAACCAAUAGAACUGCAUGCUCCAAGUUUGAAACUACAUAAUGAACUUAUUGACGCUUUUACUAAUAAGGCAAAAGCACUUCAUUUAUCUCUUGGAGUACCGUCAAAGCUAUGA